UCUUUAAUCUUGGAGUCUAUAGGAGGAAAGCAGUCAGGGCGUACAAGUCCUAUGACUUCUUCAAGCAUGACAAUGAAGAGGCAAUGAAAAUCAGAAAACAGUGUGCUCUGGUGGCCCUUCAGGACGUAAAAGCCUAUCUGAAUGAUGAGGGAGGACAGAUCGCAGUUUUUGACGCCACAAACACCACCAGAGAGAGGAGGGAGCUCAUCCUGAACUUUGCAAACGACAAUGCAUACAAGGUGUUCUUUGUGGAGUCAUUAUGUGAUGAUCCAGAUGUCAUUGCUGAAAACAUCAUGGAGGUGAAGGUCUCUAGUCCAGAUUACCCAGAGAGCGGCAGUGACAGCGUCAUGGAGGACUUCCUGAAACGCAUAGAAUGCUACAAAGUGACAUACCAGCCUUUGGAUCCUGACGAUCACGACAAGAACUUGUCCCUCAUUCAGGUCAUUAAUGUGGGUCGCAGGUUCCUGGUCAACAGAGUGCAGGACUACAUCCAAAGCAAGAUCGUUUACUACCUCAUGAACAUCCACGUGCACUCUCACUCCAUCUACAUCUGCCGGCAUGGAGAGAGCCUUCACAAUGUGGAGGGGCUCCUGGGAGGAGACUCUGAGCUGUCAGAGAGAGGAAAGCAGUUUGCAGCAGCCUUGAGGGGUUUCAUCGAGGAGCACAAGCUGUCAGACCUGAAAGUGUGGACCAGCCAACUGAGACGCACCAUCCAGACAGCCGAGGAGCUGGGUGUCCACUACGAGCAGUGGAAGAUUCUGAAUGAGAUCGAUGCUGGUGUGUGUGAAGAAAUGAGCUACAAGAUGAUUGAGGAAAAAUAUCCCAAAGAGUUUGUCAUGAGAGACCAGAACAAAUAUCUUUACCGCUACCCUGGAGGAGAGUCCUACCAGGACCUGGUUCAGCGGCUGGAGCCGGUGAUUAUGGAGCUGGAGCGACAGGGAAAUGUUCUGGUCAUCUGCCAUCAGGCUGUCAUGCGCUGCUUGCUGGCUUAUUUCCUGGACAAAGGCGCAGAUGAUCUGCCCUACCUGAAAUGCCCUCUGCACACCGUCCUGAAACUCACUCCUGUGGCUUAUGGCUGUAACGUGGAUAAGUUCGACCUGGGGGUGGAGGCCGUAAACACUCACAGGGACAGACCAUUAACUAAAGGCAGGACGGACGGCAUGCCUCCACCUUUCCUGCGUCGGAACAGCUUCACUCCUCUUUCCAGCCAAGACCAAAUCAAAAGACCUCGUCUUUACAGCGUGGGCAGCCAGUUUAACGCCCGCACGUCCCACGCUCCCGUUUUACCCAGCAUGCACUUUUCCGAGGCACCUGAGGGCGUUGACUCUCCACAAAUAAAGGACCGUGAGAAUGACUUCACUGAAGUGGAGGACUCGGGGAGGAAUUAGAUGACCUGUGGAGCACCUGUUGACUCCUCUCUGCCAUCACACAGGCGUCACUGUAAUCUGCACUGGAUCUGUAUAGGUUUUAAUGUUAUUUUGGGUUUAUUCUAUUAUAUUUAUGAAUUAUUAUUUAAGCAAAUCGCAUUUUAAAUUUUGGCUGUGAAUCUAGACGCACAAAAGGAAACGAUGUAGAAGAAUAAAAUUCUUCUCAGUGUCAUAAACUGUAACUUACAGUUUGUCACUUGUAUAAAAACUCCAGAUAUUCUUACUCAAAUUGUUUAUAGCUUUGUAACAUUCCCAAAGACUGCUCACAUACCCGACCGGGUAAAGUAACAGCUUUAUUUUGAAAUGCAGCUAAAUCACAAUAAGAAGCUUUUCGGCAGCAACACUGAAGCUUUUAAAAUGAAACGUCCGGUCCAGCCAAUAAAAAAGCAGGAGUGCCGGUUUUUGUU